AUGGAGCUGGAUCAGAUCUUGAUGGAUCCACAGCAGCUGGUGAGGCUCGGCAUCCUGAUCUUACGUCUUGACCUCACAAGUGAUACUGACACCGAUCCCAAUAUCCCUCCGGCUCUGAAUCCGGCCAAUUACUUUGUCCCCCUCACGUACAACUAUAUCCGAGAGCACCCUGUGGAUCUGUCCAACUCGGCCACUGCUGAAUGGUUUGACGAUAAGGCAAAGGCCCUAGAUCCGGAUGUCAGGGGAUUUGGAAAUGAACCGGUCUCAUCCUACGAUGCGGCAGACCAACUUUCCAGAUGCCUCCAUAUCGAGAUGUCAAGCUCACGUUUGAAUUGCGAAGACGAGACACAGAAGCUCACUUGGUUGAACAAGUGGCGAGUCACGGACUGGUCCAAUUUGGAAUCGGUUUGCGAAGGGAAGGAGGUGGUCCCCGGCACCGAGAUUAUGUGGUACCUCGGAGCACUUGAUGUUUGCCGGAUUCGACCCUUGCCACCCCAUGUCAAAGCUAUCCUCAGCCACAGCGAUGUUGACGACUCGGGACACACCCUGCUGAAGGCUGAACUAAAAGUCUUUGUGGCGCUCAUGUAUUCUCGGUGGUCUGUCGAAGGUGUGCUAGAUAUGAUUGUUCCGGUAAUGCUUGUCUCCUUCAUUGGACGCAAGGUCCGAUGUUUGAUCACCAUCCACGACGGAACCCAACUUCGAAUCUCGAAGUCACCGCUCUACUCGGCAGAGGACGACGAGGUCUGGCAACAUGUCAGACAUAUGGGUGGGAGAAUAAACGAGAAGCUACGAACACAGAUGCUACCGUUGACCGGUGUAGUAGGAAGUCGUAUUCAGAAUCCCAUCAAAGUAUGA